AUGGGCUCCGCAGGAAACAGGCGGAGACACGCCGACGAGCUUGACUCGGACGACGACUCUCAACAGCCAAACUACAAACGGGCCAAGACCGAGGCCGGAGAUCAUCUGCCUUCUUCGGAACUAGACUCAGAUAUGGAUGACGGGGGCGAUGAGGGCGAAGAAGGCGAUGACGACAACGCGUCGUCUAUCGAUUCUGAUUACGAGGAGCCUGAAUUCGAUGAUAAUGAUCUCCUUGCCGCCUAUAGGCAGUAUAGGAAGGAGCAGAAGGGUUACGUUGGGUCCGCUUCUCAGGCCGGUGUGAUCAAGUCCAUUACCCUUAUCGACUUUAUGUGCCAUCGACAUCUCAAAGUGGACUUUGGCCCCAGAAUGAACUUUGUAGUUGGUCACAACGGAAGCGGAAAGUCUGCCGUCCUCACUGGUAUCGCUGUUGCCCUUGGUGGCAAAGCCACUCUUACUGGCCGUGGCCAAGGACUCAAAGAUCUCAUCCGCAAAGGUGCCGAUCGAGCUGUGAUCAUUGUCACUCUCUUCAAUGACGGAGAAAUGGCAUAUCGAAAGGAUGUUUUUGACCCGAAUAUCGUAAUCGAACGUACCAUUCACCAGAAUGGGUCAUCUCAGUACAGGUUCAAGGCCACCAGAGAAGGCAAAAUUCUAGCGAACAAGAGGUCCGAGCUCACAGCCAUCUCCGAAUUUUUUAACAUCAACAUCGACUCUCCCUUGACUAUCCUCACUCAAGACCAGUCGCGGGGCUUCUUGCAGAAUGCCGACCCCAGCAAACUCUACAAAUUUUUCCUGAACGGUACACAGCUUUCCACUCUACUCGACACCUACGAAGCUGCCACUCAAAACAUCGAGCAGCUUGCCACCUAUAUCACUAGGCAACAAGAGGCUCUGCCGGACCUCAAGAACAAAUGUGCAAGUUUGAAGCGCAAGAUUCAAGCUUCCAAGAAGGUCAUGAAGCAGCAAAGGAAAAAUCACCAGCUUUUGACUGAGCUCUGCUGGUCUUAUGUCAUCGAGAAGGAGAACCUGCGAAACAUUGCCCAGGGCCGGGUACAUGAUCUUGAAGAGAAGAUCGAAAGUGCUCAAGCAGAAGUGCACAAAGUCGACAAACAAAUUCCUAUCCUCGCCGACCAGACCAAGGCGACCGAGAAAGAUUUGCAAAGUUUUGAAGACACCGCCAAACCUCUGCAGCAUGCUGUCAACGUUGCAAAGGCAAAACAAUCCGAGGCCAGAAUGGAGCUGAGAUCAAUGGAGUCUUCACUGGAAGAGUUGGGCGCCAAACUCGAAGAGGAGAGAAUGUCUUUGCGCAGAUUGGAACAGCAAAUUGCUGAACAGCUUCGCCUCAAGGAGCCCGAUCAGCAGGAGGCGCGAGAAAAGCUUCUGGCUCGCCGAAACAAGAUCGAAGACAUUUUGGGCAAGAUGAAGCUCGAGAGGCCUGUAAGGGAACGAGACAGAGACGAUAAAUUUCAAGAGCAAAACAAGCUCAAGGAAGAGCUGAAGGGCAUCAAUGGCGCCAUGGAUGAUUGUGACCAGCAACGACAAUAUAUCAAGCGACAGAUCGACGACGUGCACAAGUCCAAGCACAAUCGACUUUUGGCUUUUGGCCAUAACAUCGAGCCUCUCAUGCGCGAGAUUAACAGCACCCAGUGGAAGCACUCGAAACCCAUUGGACCCAUGGGGAUGCAUGUCAACUUGGAAGACAUGCAGUAUGCAGAGGUACUGCAGGCUUUGCUUGGCUCUCUCCUCUGUGGAUUUGCUGUACGUGACCACGAGGACAGUGUCAAACUCGGAGACAUGAUCAGGAGACACUUCCAGAAAGGUUACAGACCGGGUAAUGUUGCCAAUGACAACUCUGCGCGUCCUCCUGCCGUCUACAAGCAUUCCGGCGACCACUUCAAUUUCUCUCAUGGUGACCUCAGCAAGCACGGUUCCACGGUUCUGAGCGUACUCAAAAUUGACGACGAUGACGUCCUUCGAAUCCUGGUUGACCACAGUAGCAUCGAGAAGACUAUGGUUGCUCCCAGUCUUAUGGAAGGUAACAGGAUGAUCGACCACAUGCUUUCGACAUCCAACUUGCCGUUCCUCACUGUCAACUGUGCCGACAACAUGACCACUUCUGGUUCCAAGAGCGGACGAAAUUCCGGACCUGUCAACAAAUACAAGGGCAAAGCCUUAUUCGCGAAGGAUCCCACUAGUGCUAUCGCAGGUUACGAACGGCAAUUGCAAGAGAACGACGCCAGAAGACAAGAGCUUCUUACAGAGCGCCAGGUUGUUGACCAGCGUAUUCGAGACCUCCAGAAGGAAAUGUCUGCCAUCAACGAGACUCUCAGAACCCUGUCUGCAAAGGUCGCUCCCCUGGAAAAGAAUCUCGACGAGACUAAGAGGAAGCUCCUUGACACUGCUACUACCGAGAUGGAUUCCACCGAGGCUCUUCGAGAUGAACUGCAAGAGGGCAUUGUCCAGUUGGAACUCAAAAUACAAGAGUCCGCCGCCGAGGUCGAAAGACAGCAGCAAAUCUAUGAACAGAGGGGUCGAGAAGUUCAGGAGCGGCAAAAGGAAUCUGAUGCCCACGCCCCCAACAAGGCAAAGUAUCUCGCGGUUUUGGGAGAUCUCGUCACGAAGCAGAGUGAGCUUUUGAAUGCUCAAAAACACUAUAUGAGUUCUAUCACCGGCUACGAGAAGAAUCUCGCUGCUGCCCAGGAACAUCUGGAAAGUGUCGAAGAGGACGUCAAGGUAAUGACUGACAAGGCUGUUACCUACGCUCCCAAGCGACAGGAGACGCAGCGAAGUUCUGCUGACCUCGAGGCCGAGCGAGCAGCCUUGGACAAGUCCAUCCAAGAAGCUUCCUUGGUUCUCGGUCAUGACUUGACGGAACUUACAGCCGCAUUCAGAAGAGCCCGGCACCGACAGCUUGAGGCCAAUGGUUCCAUCAAAGACCUCAAAUUCUUGCGCAAGGUGCUCAAUGGCGCCAUGAAGAACCGGCAUGCCUGGUGGCACGAGACCCGAAGCCAUAUCUCUAUUCGGGCCAAGACUGCCUUUGUCGUGUUCGAAAGCUUCCGUAACAUGGAAGGUCGCCUUAAUUUCGUUCAUGAAAGUCAAAAGCUCUCUCUUGUUAUCCACAACUCGACAACUUCCGAAUCUCAAGAUGGAACCAUGACUCAGACGUCUCAUUACAAGGGUGCCAAGUCGCUCUCUGGCGGUGAACGCUCAUUCUCGACCGUCUCACUGCUCCUCGCUCUUUGGGCCACUGUGCCUUGCCCUAUCAGAGCUCUCGAUGAAUGGGACGUGUUCCUGGAUGCUGCAAACCGAAAGGUUGCUGCCAAGAACCUGAUGGAGGGUGCCAAACAAAGCGAUGGAAAGCAAUACAUCCUUAUCACCCCACUCGACAUGCAAGGUAUCGACACCGCUGGGCCAGACAAGAAGGUCAUUAGGAUGGCAGACCCUGUGCGAAAUCAGUGA